CCCUGUAGAAAAAGAUGCACAAAAGCUGUUAUCACAACAUUUUAUGCCAAAGAUAAAGGCUUUCUAGGUUAAAUUUAUCGAUAUAUCGCAGAGAAACUAGCGGUGAAAAAUUCAUAAGCCAUUUUGUAAAUUAAUUCAGUUUACUAUUCAAGGGCUUUCCCAGACAGCAACAUGGAUUUAUUUCGGGAUUCCCUCUCAAAUUAUGGUGGUCAGCAAAAAUGUCUGACGGUGUGACUUCCGAUAUUGACGUGAAUCAAGGAUUAUCGGUCGUACAAGUGUCACUAGCAAGUCCAACAUUGCAAGUUCAGUCGGUGAUACAACAGAAUCAGCAAAUUUUACAGUCAACAAGCCAAAACUCUGUUAUACAGACUGCCGGUUCCAACGUGCCAACUAUACAAGUUGUGAGAGUAGCACAAGUAGACGAAGAACAGUUAUCAGACGAUUCGGAGGGCAGAAAACGAAGAGAAAUUCUUACAAGAAGACCGUCAUAUAGAAAAAUUUUAAACGAUUUGUCAUCUCCUGUAUCAGUUGCCAAGAUUGAGGAGGAAUCAAACAGCAGUCAAAGCCAGGACGGCGACUCCCAGGACGGCACUGGUACAAGCCUGAGUGCUGCAGCUUUACAAUACCAAAGUGCAACUGGUGAUUAUAUGAUACCAUCAGGAGCUAUACAGAUCAGCGUGAACGCAGACGGUACGCCAGUGGCUCAGGGAUUACAAACCCUGACCAUGACUAAUGCUAGUCCUGCAUCUAGUGCUGCUAGUACUGGAGGUGCAACUAUUGUCCAAUACGCACAAGGACCAGACGGUCAACAGUUUUACAUACCAGUUGGAAGUACGGGCACAAUGCAAGCGUAUCAGAUAGCCACGCCAGGAACAUUGCCACAAGGCGUCGUCAUGGCAACAAAUAGUACAGCAACUUUAAGUCGUGAUGCGGCAUCAGAAGAAGCAUCUCGAAAACGAGAACUUCGACUUCUCAAAAACAGAGAGGCAGCGAAAGAGUGUCGUAGAAAGAAGAAAGACUAUGUGAAAUGUUUAGAAAAUCGUGUGGCAGUAUUAGAAAAUCAAAACAAAACUCUGAUUGAGGAAUUAAAAGCAUUGAAAGAAUUAUACUGUCAGACGGAAGUGUGAUCUUCACUGUGAUAGCACGUCUUUUAAACAAAUAAUAAGUACGUAACUAAUGUGCUGAAUGGGUAAAACUUUGUGCCUGCAAAGGAAAGUAUAUAUACAUUAUCAGACUAUUGAGUAAGUACUUGCAUAGUAAUAGCCUUGUGUUCAAUACAGCUUCAUAAACAAGUAUGUGGGGACUUAAAGAUGAUGUAUCUUAUACCUUAACACAUUCAUGGACCAAGAUAAAUGCUUAAUGUUUUAAAGUCAAAGAUUUGUGGCUUUUUUAUGUUAAUGCUGACAUUGACAGAAAAUUAUUUUUCUUGUGACGAUGAAAAUUCCAUCUAAAAACAUGGUGAUAAAAAGGAGACGCGCAGUCGCAAAGAGGGAAGGAUCGGUGACUUGGAUACCAAACACUUUGUAGAAGCUAGAAAAUUUUGAAGAGCUUUAUUUAGAGUAUCUAUCUCUUUUAUUGUAUUAGUAAACAUGAACUUAAAAUGUAAAAAAAAAUCAAUUUGUUUUAAAAUAAGAACAUUUGAAACUUUCUUGAAUCGCUCACAAUUUUUUUUUUUUUUUCAAAAUGAUUUCCAGUUUAUACAGGGUACCAAAAUAUUGAAAAGCUUAUAAAGGAGUUAAGUGUGUAUAUAAUAAUUCAUUUUUAAAGACAUAAUUCAUAUAUUUGAAGGUUGGUUAGAGCAACAGACCCAGUUAUAUUGUUUAUUAGGAAAGAAUUGUUUUAAUUUGGGGUGUUUGAAUCGAUGAAUCCAAGUGAGUUGUAAAUAUUUGAUGGUGCAUACAUGUACAAAUACAUGAAAUUGUUUAUUUUG